AUGCCUAGAAAAUUUUUAGGGGAAAAAAUUGACCCUAAUGUUGAUGCUAUUCGACCUGCUUCAAUGACACUUACAUCAGCAGAUUUAAUGAAUAUUCCAACAUUUCAGUUUGAGGAUGAUCCUGUAAAUUCGGAAGAUAUUGAUGAUCAUAAAUAUGGUAAAAGAUUAUCAAGAAAAUUCGGUGGUACCAUGAAACUUAAGAAAACGUUAGAAUCAGUCCCUGGAAUUUUUAUUCAUGAUUAUAGGAAAAGAUUGCAAUUAGAUAGAGAAACACAAUUUCGAUCUAAAAAUAAUAGCAAUAUUAGUGGUAUUAUUAUCCCUAAAAUUUCACUUUCUCGAUAUGGGAAUACAAAUAAAUCAAAUAACGAAUUAAGACCAAAGAACUUGCAAGAGCGUAGAGUUUUACAGAAAAGGAUUUCAUCUAGAAAGUUAUUUGAUUUGCAUGAAUUGCCGGAAGUUAAAGAAAAGGUGAUUAAUGAUGAACAAUCAUUUAUAUUAGAUGAAAAGACAAACAAUGACAAAGAAAAUUUUUCUAAACACAUAAAAAAUCUUAAUGAUAUAACUACUUCUAAUAACAACGAUAGUGAGAUAUUUCAGGAUAUUAUUUCUUGUUAUAAUAGUGAAGAAAAGAUUGCAAAUAAACAACAGGCAACUGUUUUUAAUCGUGAAUUAGAAAGAGUUUUAAGUCAUGUUGUCAAAAUUGAUAAUAUGAAUAAGAUGCAAAGGGAAUUUGGAGCAAAAGAUAUAAAUCAUUUAUGUUUACCUACAAAAAUAAAUAAUAUGCCGUUAACUCCAACAUUUAAUUCAAUUGACACACAGUUAAAUGUACUUGAUGGUUGUAAUGAAUUUACAGAAUCUACUCCUUCUAGUUCUAUGACAGAGAGAACAUAUUCCUUGAAUUCACCGAACUUAUCUGCAACCAUAGAUUCAAAUUCUGCAUAUAAUACAGCAUUGGAAGACUUUGAUUCUUUGACCGAUUUAUCUAUUACAAAGAUUCCGUCUGCUAUAAGUGAUGAAGAUACGAAAAAGUAUUUAUCGCAAGGUUUAUGUACUAUGUCUUUAAAUGUUCAGAAUAAUACCAGAAGAACUAAUCAAAUCAAGGUCUUGAGGUUAAGAAAAAUUGAAAUAAAACCUACAAUUGCAACGUUAGAUUAUUCAAAUGGAAAUGAUACGGAGUUGGAGGAAGAUGAUUAUAUUAUUUCACCUCAGUAUCCUACAAAACAAUCAUUAAUGGUCCAUCCUAGAGUUGAUACCAUUCAACAAUUACAGGAAAAAAUAGAUCAUAUUAAGUUAGCAAAACAAAAUACAAUUCUAUCCUUAUCCAGUAGUGUAUAUUCGGAACGCUAG